AUGUCGUUUCUGAGACUAGACUGGUUGGGGACGCAGGCAGAGCUGCUGUGGACCUCAAGGUUCCUCCAUGGGGAUGAGGAGAGCCUGGGGUUCGCCCAGAGGGAUGAGUUGGACAGGACCUAUGGAGAGGACCAAGAGGAGACCAGGGAGUCACCCACCACCUCCAGCCCAAAGGGGGGGAAUGAGGAGACACCUACCAGUCCCUCCAGCAGCACCUGUCUCAAAAUCACCACCUGGGAGGCAGGAUGGAACGUGACCAAUGCUAUUCAGGUAACCUAGAUUUUUGACUUCAGACCUUAGGAAAGAUGCUUCUCUAUGUUUAGCUUUUAUGUGUUUUUUCCACUCUCAAUAAAUUAUUAUGGUUAUGGAGGAUAAUGAAUGUUAGAGAGUGCACUGGAUGCGCAUUAUUGCAUUGUUGUUGUUGUGGUUAGAGGAUGCAUUGGAAUUACAGUAUAUUUAAUGGAAGGAAUGGCAGAGCUGAGAAUAAUCCUUUGUAUAAUAUUUGUAAACAAGGCCAUUUCAAUAACUACAGCAUAUUAUUAGUAUGUAAGCAAAUGUGCAUUUCAGCAGUUGUUCCCCCCAUUCAUAUUCAAAUCAACAGUGUCCCAGCUUUUUUAAUAAGAUAAUUAGGCUACUAACUUUCAUUUGUGUUUUCUAUGCCAGAGUAUGAUUAAUUGUAAAGCUGUUCACAACUUCAUCUGUUCAGUUAUUACAUUGUCAUGGAAUCAUCAUAAUCCUCAACACCAUGUACUUUUCCAACAACACUAAAUACCCAGUGUCCUAUUGUCUGGACUGAUUCUAUCUAUGUAGUGCAUCUACAUAUUUACUCAGAAUCACAUUAUAAACAGUUUGUUUACUUACAUUGUUCUGCAUUGCAAUUUGACUUGAAGCAAGACGUUGCUCAGACUAUCCAAUUAGGAAUAUGUUGCAAGAUAAGAUUGUUGUAUUAAUGUUGUGUAGUCUACUGAUUAGUCUACAGCAUGUGAAGACAUCCAGUGGCACAUUUGUUAAGAUUGAAGCAGAAUGUUAUCUUUAAUGAUUAAGUCUAACAUCCUCUAAUGUGUGGCAGUUUUCAAACAAUCAAGUCUCAGGCAAAGAGCAGUAAUUUACACUCUCCUUGUACUUAAUUCAAGAAAUCACUGCGUGUUCACACUCUACCUGUCGUUCCCUUGUUUUCUCCUUUUUCCUAGGGUAUCUUUGUUCUGGGGUUGCCUUACGCUCUCCUUCAGAGUGGCUACCUAGGAUUGCUUCUGCUCGUUCUGGCUGCGGUCAUCUGCAACUACACAGGUAAGAUCCUUGUAUCCUGCCUGUAUGAGGACAACGAGGAGGGUCAGCCCAUACGAGUGCGGGACACCUACGAGGACAUCGCCAAUGCCUGCUGUAAGCGCCUGUGCCCCCUGCUGGGCGGCCGGGUGGUGAACGCAGCACAGGUGGUAGAGCUGAUGAUGACCUGUAUCCUCUACCUGGUGGUCAGCACAAACCUAAUGUGUCACAGCUUCUCCUUCCUCCCCCUCCCCCCCGCCGCCUGGUCCGUGGUGACCUUCCUGACCCUGGUGCCCUGCAUGCUGAUCCGGGACCUGAGGGUGGUCUCCAGACUCAGCCUGCUCUGCUCCCUGGCCCAGUUCCUCAUCACCUUCAUCGUGGUAGCCUACUGCCUGCACCAAGCCCACCGCUGGUCCUGGAGGAGGAUGGUCCUCUUGGUGGACUUCGAGAGGUUCCUGGUGUCCGUAGGGGUCAUCAUCUUCAGCUACACCUCCCAGAUCUUCCUGCCCACCUUGGAGGGAAGCAUGGAGGACAGGGGGGACUUUUCCGACAUGAUGAGCUGGACACACUCCCUGGCUUGUGUGUUGAAGACCACCUUCUCUGUGCUGGCCUUCCUCACCUGGGGCGAGGAUAUUAAAGAGGUGAUCACUGACAACCUUCCCACCGGCCUACGCAUGGUGGUCAACCUGUGCCUCCUGGCUAAGGCCCUCCUCUCCUACCCCCUGCCCUUCUACGCUGUGGCUGAGGUCCUCCAGAGCAGUGUUCUAAGGCUGGAGGCAGCGCAGGUGGGUGUGGACAUGGGGACUCUGGUGCUGCGGGGCUGUCUCCUGUUGAUUACCUUCCUCAUGGCUCUCUACAUGCCCCACUUCUCCCUGCUCAUGGGGCUGACGGGCAGCGUAACGGGGGCGGCCAUGACCUUCAUCCUGCCCUCCCUCUUCCACCUGCAGCUCAAGUGGACCACCAUGAGCAGCAGGCUCAAGGCCCUGGACCUUCUCAUCUUAACUCUGGGAUCUCUGUGUAGUUUAUCGGGGGUGGUUUGCUCCAUCAAAGGAAUGAUUCAGGCUUUUGGGUGUUGA